AUGGCGAGCAGCAGCGGCUCCAAGGCCGAGUUCAUCGUCGGGGGCAAAUAUAAGCUGGUGCGGAAGAUCGGUUCGGGCUCCUUCGGGGACAUCUACCUGGCCAUCAACAUCACCAACGGCGAGGAAGUGGCUGUGAAGUUGGAGUCUCAGAAAGCUAGGCAUCCCCAGCUGCUGUACGAGAGCAAACUGUACAAGAUCCUGCAAGGGGGAGUCGGCAUCCCGCACAUACGGUGGUAUGGUCAAGAAAAGGAUUACAACGUUCUAGUUAUGGAUCUUCUCGGACCCAGCCUGGAAGACCUCUUCAACUUCUGUUCUCGCAGGUUCACGAUGAAAACAGUACUUAUGCUAGCAGACCAGAUGAUCAGUAGAAUUGAAUAUGUGCACACAAAGAAUUUUAUACACAGAGACAUUAAACCAGAUAACUUCCUAAUGGGUAUCGGGCGUCACUGUAAUAAGUGUUUAGAAUCUCCAGUGGGGAAGAGGAAAAGAAGCAUGACUGUUAGUACUUCUCAGGACCCAUCUUUCUCAGGAUUAAACCAGUUAUUCCUUAUCGACUUUGGUUUGGCCAAAAAGUAUCGGGACAACCGGACAAGGCAGCACAUACCAUACAGAGAAGACAAAAAUCUCACUGGCACAGCUCGAUAUGCCAGUAUCAAUGCACAUCUUGGCAUUGAGCAGAGUCGUCGAGAUGAUAUGGAGUCUUUAGGUUAUGUGUUGAUGUACUUUAACAGAACCAGCCUGCCAUGGCAAGGAUUAAAGGCUGCAACAAAGAAGCAAAAGUAUGAAAAGAUUAGUGAAAAGAAAAUGUCCACUCCUGUUGAGGUUUUGUGUAAGGGUUUUCCUGCAGAAUUUGCCAUGUACCUGAACUACUGUCGUGGUCUGCGCUUUGAAGAGGCACCAGAUUACAUGUAUCUGAGGCAAUUAUUCCGUAUUCUUUUCAGGACCUUGAACCACCAAUAUGACUAUACAUUUGACUGGACAAUGUUAAAGCAGAAAGCAGCACAGCAAGCCGCCUCUUCCAGUGGGCAGGGGCAGCAGGCCCAAACCCCCACAGGCAAGCAAACUGACAAAUCCAAGAGUAACAUGAAAGGUUUCUGAGCAUGAAGAGAGGAUGGACAAAGCAGAGCAGAUUGGAGCAGGACUUGUCACUCCCCAAAUCCUAGAAAUUCUAGUUCAUACGUACACUUGCCAGUGGUUGUGGGCAACCAUUUACUUGGUGUAAAGAACUUAAUUUCAGUAUAAACUGGCUCUGGGCGGUGUCAGUGAUGCUGCACCCUGAGUUGUAGCAGCUGUAAUUGUGAAUAUUACUGAGAUAGUGAAACAUGGUGUCCAGUUUUCUAUUGCAUUUUUUCAAGUGGAAAAGUUAACUAAAUGGUUGACACGCAAGUGGUGGAGAAAAUUGUGCAUAUGCCAAUUUUUGUUACCUUUUUACUUUGAACUACACUGCUUUGAGAUCUCAUUGUUUUGGAAGAAUGGCAUGAACAGUCUUCAGCAACAGUUGUGAUAAUUGUAAAUGCUCACAAUUGUGCACUCUUUUUUUUUUUUUCUUUUUUUUUCUGGUUAUUCCUCCCUGGGUUUUGAAAGCUGUACACUUAAAACAUUCUUAAAGCUGUUGGCUUCUAUGUGCAACAUAUCAAGCCAGCUGACAUGGUAGUAACCAAAGAUUCCAGUUUUUAAGCAUACGAAAGACUCUGCCUGCUUACCUGUGCUAGAAAUAACAGCAUCUAAAGUGAAGACUUAAGAGAAACUUAGCGACUACUAGAUAAUCUUUAGGACUCUGCAUUAACUCUAUAAUGUUCUUGGUAUAAAAGGAAAAACAACAUAUUUGUCACAAAUUUAGUUAACAUCUUACAACUGAACCUGUAUGUAAGUUGCUUAGAUAUAUGUAAUCACUGUAAACAUCUAUAUGAUCUGGGAUUUUGUUUUUAUUUUGAAGCGGGAGCUUUUUUGUUUGCAAGUUCAUUAAAAACUAAAAACUGUUUCUGUAAGGAAAUGAGAAUUUUUUUAAUUUGCCUUGUUAAUUCAGUCUAAGAAAUCAACACCACCCCAAUUUUUUAAACGAACAAUUUCAAGGUCAUUUGUUAAGCAAGAGAUGUCUCUUUCAAAAUCAUUUUAGACUUAGUGUUGUAACUCUUCCUCACCUUUUUGUUUUUAAAUAAAUUUUUGUAUUUUUUUUUUUUCCUUGAGGGGGAAGGGCAGUCUUGCAUUUUUUUUAUAACCUUCUGCAUUGGUACCCAACCCUCAGAAACAAGAGAUUGGUGGAUUUAAAAUGAAAUGGCAUCUUCUGCAGACCUACUCUCGGCAACCCGCAAACGUUGCCAUUGUCUUGCAUCGGCUGGACUGACUUGCGAUGUAUUAGUUUUUGAAAAAUGAGAAUGGAAGUGUUUGGAUGGUUUUAAACCAAGGCAUUUUCUUUCAAGUUCUUGUGAAGUGGAUAUGAUCAGAUUAACUCUUGUUCUUCUGACAGCCUCCCACCGUGCAGUGUUCAUAUUGGCUACUGCCCCAGGCUGUCUUACUUCUCACUUACUCUAGUCCAGCUAAAAGCAAGAAGUACUUUUAUUGCUGGUAAUUCUUUAACAGUGUAAUUUAUUCCUUUAUAGCAUGUCAGAAUAAAUUAAAAAAAUGUCUGAAAAUGCU